GGUUUGUUCUGCCCUUCGAAGGCUGAAAGUGGUGUGGGGGGUUGGGGGUAGGAAAUGGGCAACAGCUUGUCCAAUGUCUCUGCUUUCCAGUCGCUCCACAUCGUGAUGCUGGGGCUGGACUCGGCGGGCAAGACCACGGUUCUCUACAGGCUCAAGUUCAACGAGUUCGUCAACACGGUGCCCACCAUCGGCUUCAACACCGAGAAGAUCCGGCUGAGCAACGGCACCAGCAAGGGCAUCAGCUGCCACUUCUGGGACGUGGGUGGCCAGGAGAAGCUGCGGCCCCUCUGGAAGCCCUACAGCCGCUGCACCGACGGCAUCAUCUACGUGGUGGACUCGGUGGACGCCGAGCGGCUGGAGGAGGCCAGGGCCGAGCUGCACAAGAUCGCCCGCGCCUCCGAGAACCAGGGCACCCCGCUGCUGGUCAUCGCCAACAAGCAGGACCUGCCCAAGUCGCUGCCGGUGGCCGACAUCGAGAGGCAGCUGGCGCUGGACGAGCUGUGCCCCUACACCGCCUGGUACGUGCAGCCCGCCUGUGCCAUCAUCGGCGAGGGCUUGCCCGAGGGCAUGGACAAGCUGUACGAGAUGAUCCUGAAGCGGAGGAAGGUCCUGAGGCAGAAGAAGAAGCGGUGACUCCUGGGGGGUGGGUGGAGGAGAGGCAGCGACAGUUAAAUAUGUGUGUGUGUGUGUGUGUGUUUUAGAGCAUCGGUAGAUCCUGCAGAAAACGUGCAGAUCUAUCCAUAGAUAGAAGUAUAUAUAUAUAUAUAUAUAUAUUUAUUUAAGCUAAAUAACAAUAAUGAAACAGCCCAUCAGACAGGUGCUGGUGACCUGACUCUGCUCUUACAAUUAUAGCGUGUCAAGAAAGGAGAGCCGGCGUUGAUGAUCUGGGCACUAGCUUCAGGGGCAACCUGUAUGUUUACCCUCCCCUCCUGCUGUUGUGUACAGGCUGUAGAUUGGGGUCUCUUGACACCCAGCCCCCCACCCCCACCCCCUCCUCUGGGGAUAGGGGCAAGUCAGCCGGAUUAAGAGUGUGCGGCCCCGGAGCAGGACAAUCUGGGUGGGU